AACAUACACAUCCUGAAGGACGCGACGGUGUGAUGGCGUCGGUAGUCGGCUCUUGUGUCUCAAAAUUAAAACUAAAUAGAUGAGAAUAGUUCCUUAGUGUUGUAAUUUAAUUAGUUAUGUACGCCUUAGUAUAGCAAUAAUAUUUUCUGUGAAAAUAUUAGUAAAUUUGUGAUAAUGGAAGGCAAAAGUACUGACUGGCUACGGGGGCCUAGCGGCCCCACCGUUUGUCGAUGUUGUUUCGCUGAGGGCUGUUAUAAAGACAUUUCUACCGAAUAUUUUUGGAUGGGGAAGAGAGAAGUUUACUCCGAGAUGCUGACGGAGACUUUCGACCUCAGUAUCGCCUUCGCCCAAACGUCGGGCCCCAACAGCAAUAGCCGUCUGAUCUGCGAGCCCUGCAUAUCCCGGCUACGGGAUGCCUCGGAGUUCAAGCGGCAGGUGCAGGAGUGUGAGAAGAUGUUCAUGCAGUACCUGGAUCCGGGACGGACAGUGGUUGAUGAGCUUCAGAUGGAGAUCACUCAAGAGCCGUUGGAGAAGGAGGUGAAACUGGAACCGGUGAAGCUGGAGAAGAAUCACAGCGACGACGACUUUGACGACCGGGGCGGCUUCGAAGAUAUGGACGAAGAUGACCUUGACGACCAGCCGCUAACAAAACUCGCCAGCAAAGUGCCUAAAAAGGAAUCCGUAGACCUACUAGACCUCCUUGACAACGCCAAAGCGGAGAAGAGAAAAUCCUCCACUAAAACUAAAGCCAGCCCCGCUAAGAAAGCUAAGACUAGGAAGGAGACACCUAAAGCGACUGCUAGCAAAGCUAAACCGGAGAAGAAAAAGAAAGGUUCCGCUAAUGCGGACGCGGAGGCAAAAGUAGGAGUUAGACGUGUUAGGAAAUUAAAGGAGAACGUAAGCUCGCGUCAAAUGCGCCGGCGUCGCCGCGCCAACAACGAGUUGCCGGAGGAAUCCGAGAAACGCAUCUCCAAAACUAUGAUGCGCAGGAAUGCUAUGACGCUCCUAGAAUGCUCCACCGCUUGGGCUUUCCGCUGGUUCCACAGCGCCUUUUACUGCUCCUACUGUGAUGCUAAAUUCGUAGACACCGCUCCAUUGCGUGAACACGUCCAAAACAAUCACUUAACCGAUCCACCCACUAAUAAAAUCUUCGCCAAACUAACCGAAAAUAAUAUGGUCAAAGUAGAUAUAGGCAAUCUCAGUUGUAGAUUAUGCAACCAUCCCUUAACGGACAUAGACGACCUGAAAGAUCAUCUUGUCUCUCAACACGAGAAAACUAUUAACUCCGAUUAUAGCGACGGAGUACUGCCGUUUAAGCUUGACCAAAACGGAUUCUUUUGUCAAAAAUGUUUCUCUCAUUUCGUUAGCUUUUCUAAAUUGAAUCAACACAUCAAUACACAUUAUAAGAAUCACAUUUGCGAUUCGUGUGGCAAAGGUUUUGUAUCAAAAUCUCGGUUCCGUACUCACGUUCAGUCGCAUGAAACGGGUAGCUACCCUUGCGGGGAUUGUGUUGAAGUCCUAGAAACUAGAGCCGCUAGAAUGUGCCACAGGCUGCGUGUCCAUAAGAAAGGUGUAAGAUACACGUGUCCUCGGUGCCCAGAACUGUUCACGACAUAUUACGCGAGAGCGAAGCACUUGGUCGACGACCAUGCUCAACAACAACGGGACUACGACUGCACAACUUGUGGCAAAUCUUUCGAAACCAGCUGCAAGAGAGCAGCCCACUUCCGAACCACGCAUAAACCAGCCGAGAAGCGAUACGAAUGCACCCAGUGCCACUCGACUUUCUACACCAAUACAAAGUUAAGACGCCACGUGCUAACCCACGCUAUGGAUUACAAUCAAACCCAAUACACUAAAUGAUAUGACAGCGAGUACAAUCGGUGUCUUUCUGUUUUUAGGACCAGCUGAAGCAACUGCGAGCAAAUCCGUUGAAAUAAAUUGGAAGCGGAAACGAAGAGUGGUGGAGGAUAAAGCAAAUGCGGCUCUUAUUUUAGAACAUUCUAAUGCGGUUGCCUUUAGAUGGCAACGCGGGAAAAUUAUGUGCGCGUAUUGUCCGACCAUAUGCACAAGCGUUAGUGAAGUCCGCAAUCACUCUAAUACCCAUGAAAACAAACUAGACGUUUUCAAACCUUGCGAAGGCGUGAGAAACUCAUUCCCACUGAGAGUGGAUAUAACUGAUCUCAUUUGUAACUUAUGUAAGGAAAAAGUAAAUUCCUUGAAUGGCUUUAAAAGUCAUCUAUCCCAGUUACAUUCCAAGUCAUUCAAUUCGGAGCACAGUGACGGAGUUAUUCCAUUUAUUCUAACAGGAAAGGAAUAUAGAUGUGUACAUUGCGAUAACCAUUUCGAAAGCUUCAUGAGUUUGUUUAUACAUAUGAAUAAGCAUUAUCAAACCUUUAUUUGUCAUACUUGUGGGAAGGGAUUUGCCGGCAGACACAAAUUACGAGCUCAUCAAAUGUGCCACGAAACUGGGCAGUUCGGCUGCACCAAAUGUGAUGCCGUCUUUCCUACUCGAGUCGCAAAAAACCGGCAUGUUUCUGCCGCUCACGGACCUAAGGGAAGAUACCGCUGCCCUAUUUGUGAGACCCAUUUCGAUUCCUAUCAUUCUAGAUUGAGGCAUCUGGACAAAGUGCAUGGGCAAAAAGUUGAAUAUCGAUGUAGCUUUUGCCCUUCUGUUUUUGGAAGUGGUAAUCUGAGAUAUGCUCAUAUCAGGUCUGUUCAUAAACAGAAAAAAUCCUAAACGAAAUCAAGCUGCUCUACAUCAGAAAAGCUAAAUUGACAUCUU